UUUUAACAAUAAUGUUACCAAAUAUUAUAAUAUUUGAUGAUAUUAUAUUAUUAAAUAAUAAAUAUUAAUGUUAUUAAUUUUUAGUGAUAUCUUUACAUUGUUACAUUAGCACGUCGUUGCGGCGUAAUACUGCGUUUCGAUUUUGGAAUUUUUUUUUCAACGAUUAUAUGAAAAGACAAAAAAUAUCGUACAAUCAUAUUUUGUCAAAGGCACAAAGUGUUCGACUGUAGCUUAGCCAGUUUGUCGCUGUUGCUCUAGUGCACGCGCCAAGCAGUCCGAGUACUACUGUUGUUUCAUUGUUUGGUGUUUUUCGUAAGUCGUCACUCGUCACUACCAAAGUGUAGGCUGAAAAAACUUAAUUUAAAGUAUUUAUUAUUUAUAUCGUCAGUCGUUCCACUACUAUCACGCGAUAUCGUUGUAGCUGACCUCUGGCUAUUAUUUAUACUGUUCGCACCGAGGCACGCUCGAAUUAGUCAAAUUACACUUUUCGUUGGUACGUCGUCCCGCCGCGCGACUUGUUUGGUAACGAUACCGCGAUGGCCGACGUUAAACGAAAACUUAAAUCCACUGUCACUGAUCUAUCCGGUAAGAGUUGGGCCGAACUCUGCGACAGUUCGCAAUCAUCACAGUCGCAGACAGACACCGAUUCGCCACUAAAGAACGUCGACGAUCCGAGCGUGAAGAAUGACGAGGACGAUCUGUACGAUAUGGUUUUCCAGCCAGUUAAAAAGGAGUUUGUCAAAGCUUCGACCCAGGACGAUCUCAGUUUGACUUCUUUCAUGAACAAUGUACACAUGGUAACGCCAGUCAAACAGGAAUUUGAUGAAAAGACACAUAUGUUUGACGAAGAUACCAUUUGUAGUCCAUUUGUAAAGGAAGAGUCAAAUAAAACAUCAGAUGAUAAACCUAAAGAGCUGGUCUGUAAAGAAGAAAACCUCAAGAAGGAUGUACAGCAUGCUAAGAGAAGAUUAACUUCUGAAAGCGAGUCUGUGGUUACUGAUUCCGUGUCACCUGAGCGGGUCAACAAAGUUAACAAAAAAUCCACAGAUCAUAAGAAUAUACAUGACUCUGUAGAAAGUCCCAAAGUAAAAUUGGGACGUGAAACAGACGCAUUAAUUUUAGCAAGAAGACAAAAACAAAUAGAUUUUGGUAAAAAUACUAUUGGAUACGUCAAGUAUCUAGAACAGGUUCCUAAACAUGAACGUACAAAGAGGCAUCCUAAAACUCCUCCAAAAAAUUUGAAAUAUACUAGGCGAGCCUGGGAUGGAUUAAUUAAAAACUGGAGAGUUAAGUUACAUUUAUGGGACCCUGAUAGAAGACAUGAUGACGAUGAUGCCUUGACAACGGGUUCAAGUUCAAAUUUGUGCUCACUAGGAUCAAUGACUAGUUUGGAUUCAAGUUCUCAGGCCUCAGAUUCAAGGCCAUCAACGCCUCCAUUGAGGUUGUCUGAAGAUUCAUCACAACAAAAACGAGAAAACCAUGAAGAUGGUCUUACUUUAAAUCAGAAGAAGUUUAAGAAAUAAAUAAAAUCUGAAAAUUAGGUAUCUAUGUAUUCAUACAUUUUACACCCAUAACAUUUAUUGACCAUUCAUUAAAAUAUUUUUGAUAAUCUGUAGGUUAUUUAUUAUGUAUAUUAUAUUUAAUUAUAAAAUGUUUAUUUCUCUAAAACUUGAAAGAAUUUUAUUUAUUUUCUAUACAGUAAAAACUAAACAUGUGUUAAAUGUUAAAAUUAAUGGAUACCAACUUUUAUUUUAUUAACUAAAUUUGAUUAAAAAUAUUAGUUACUUAAUUUGAAUAUAUGUAUGACUAUCUAGGUAUGUGUAUAUAAUUUUUAUUUUUUAUUUUUGUAAUUAUAUUCAUAUUGAGUCAGUUUUACAAUAUUAUAAACUAUGUGUUCCAUUUCCAUCAAUUAGAACCUUGUUCGAACAAUUAAGGCUUUCAUAUUUAUGUUUUAUACCAAUUUAUAACCAUUUUAAAUUUAUAAUGUCUAUUUAUUACUAUGUAAAUGUAUUAAUAAUUAAAUCUUGAAUAUAUUUGUAUUACAUUCAAA